AUGUCGUCCUCGGGAAAAGACUUCGACCAGACCUCGCUCGCCUCGAACGCCCCAUUGCUGCAGGACAAGGACACGAAGGCCAAGGACGGGGGCCUCCUGAGCAAGCUUCGCCGCUCCCAGAAACAGGGAGUCACCGACGGCUUGAACAAGUCAUCAGCGGCCGCCAUCGAGGACCUCUAUAAAGCCUAUCCCAACAUGGGCGCCAACACCCGCCUUUCCUGA